AUUCACCGAAACGAGAUGUCACAACAUUGUGUGUGCGUUUGUGUUUGUGCGUGCGUGUCAUAGAUCCCGAGUGGGCAUCGUAUACCCUGGGUGUGUUUGUGUGCCACAGCUGCUCAGGCCUGCACAGAAAUAUCGCUCAGAUCAGCAAGGUCAAGUCUCUGCUGCUGGACCCGUGGACCGCAGCGCAGCUGGAGCUGAUGGACUCCGUGGGCAACCUCGCGGCCAACGCUAAAUACGAGCAGACGGUCCCCGCCUUCUACUACCGGCCCACUUCCAAAGACUGCGCGUAAGUGAGGCGCCGAUCGUUUGUCGACGGCGCUCGGACCGGUGCGGACGGAGGCGAUCGGCCGCAUCGGACAGCGUCGAUAGCGUGCAUGCAAUACACUGUCAAAGUGACCGUUUUAAAGAGCAUUUGCUGCGAUGUAUUUGCUAGAACU